GUGGACCCCCUGACGAAGCGAAUCGGCUACGGCAAAAUCGGCGUCGGUUCGAGUCGGAGCGCAGCGGAGCGGGGUUUGGAGAAAGCGACCUGGAAGGCUCAGGCAGAUGUGGAUGUGAGGGUAGUGUACGUUGCUCCGUUGCUCUUUGCUCCUGGCUCACACUAGGGACGGGCUUUGCGGCGAUGCGGGCAUUGAUUGGCCACCAUGGGAGAAUAGGAAAGUAUGAUCUGGAAACGGGACAACGGAGAACGUGGCCGCAAUGGGGUGUGACGGAGCCUCGUGCUUCACGAUCGAACGGACGUCGCUGCCGUAGCUGCAGCGGCGCGACCAUCGGACGUCCGGAGUGCGUCUAUUCCUCUCUUCGUCGACUGUCGCUUCCUUCCCAUCAGACCAUGGCUCUCCCUAUUCAACCUCCUGAAGCUGGCGAUGAUGACAACGCUGACCAAAGCAUUUUCUCCAACGCUGCACCCAGAGCUUCGACUGUCCCAUACGGAGGACGAAGGCUCACUGCAAUGUCCUUCACGUGCAGAGCUGGCUCAAAGCACUUAUUUCCCCCAUCCGUGUCCCUUCAAAGGCUUAUGUAGCAGCCAGCCUCUGGACUGCACUGCUGAUCAUCCGAUCGAUAGCAAGUGGUACUACCAACAGCAAGGAUAUACCCAUCUAUCUGAGCCCAGCCCGACUGGCGAUCACCUUUCUGACGCGUACGCCUUCGAUUGGCCUUUCGAAACUACUCUCUCUUGCUCUACUCGAUGGACGUCACCCGACUUGAUGUCCACCCAUGAUCCGUUCAAAGUUGACUGCACUCAAGAGAUCACAGCCGCCUGUUGCCUACCGCAAUAUUUGAGUCAGCCAGAGCUGACGUCCGAAAUGCAAUGCUACGACCACCUUACCGAUACUUGUACAUGGAUCCAACCUAACAAGUGGCUCUCGGACAGCAACAGCUCAGGCCUGGAGUACCUCGGACCUCCUUGCUCUUGCUCGCCCGAUGCAGCUUUGACGAUGCUAUCUCUGGUCUCGGCAGCUGCAAGCGCUCUGGAACAGUCAACAGGAACGAUGACAGGGACUGAAAGCAACGAGCAUCUAAUCGAUCUUGAAGCUUUCCCAACUCCGUUGCUGAGCCCUGAACAGGUGAUGAUACCCCACGAUGGCGAGUCAGAAAGCCAUGUCAGCCCCGUGUUGCGCUUCGCGACGCAAAAAGAGCCGUACGAUGCUGCUCCACUGAUGCUCCAAGAUCCCUCCGCUGCCAUUUCUGAGAGCAAAGAGGACGAAGUGGACAUAUGCCGAUGUUGUCUGGACUGUCAAGACACUGCAUACGGGCCUUCAAACUCUCCUGUCACGAGCACCGACGACGAAUUGCCAAUGGCAUUCGUGCCGCAACGUUUCCAACGAGGGGCUGGAAGAGUGCUGAGGCCUCGUAAGGCUCAAGGUCCAUCACCUCCCCCAUUCGCAGGUUCGCAGCUUCCGGCUACCGGCGGUCGAAAGAGACACGCUGACUUGUACGAGACUGACCAGCGCCACGUUCGCUCGAGGCAAGGUCCCAAGAAGAAGAGAAAUGCGAAAAAGCGCAAGAAGGCAAUCGGCGAUAUCGACUCGCUACCACCGCCUAUCUGGCCCGUGGAUGAAGAACUGGAGACACUCCUUCCUUCUGAACCUGUUCACAACAACACAGAAAGAACUGGUGCACUGCAGCAAGGACAGAUAAGUCUCUGAAGCCCAGGAUACUUCCUCGAAUCGAGCAAAUCAAUUUCUGCUACAUGACAGUCGCCGACGAAGAUUUAAGCUAGCAGAGCACAACUACGAUUGCUUCUCUGCCACCUCUCCUAGCAUAGCAUACAUCCGAAGAUCAUGUCAAGGAUGCACAGCAUCUCCCAACA